GCAGCGCCCCAGGCGGGAGCCCAACCUGGACCCGCCCGGGGCGGCCCGCCUGCAGGCGCUGCUCUACCCCGAAGGCGCAGCUGGGGGCUCCGCUUGCAGCCUUCCCCAACCUGCUUGUCCUGCGACUCCCAUCAGCCCCAGGAAGCCCAGGACUCCGGAGGGCACCAGGUCGGGGACCGGGCUGAGCCGCGGGAGGACUACGUUUCCCAGCAAGCCCCGCGGCAACAGGGGCGGCCACGUGACACCAGAGGGGGCGGGCUUAGGCGAGCCGAGUGCUGACUCUCUCUUCCGUUCUGCUGGCGGCCGCAGGAGUCGAGAUGAAGCUGUUGAUUCUCACCGUGCUGGCCGCCAUCUCUUCUAUCCGAUGUGAGGAAGGGGCCAGGCUUCUGGCCUCCAAGUCCCUGUUGAACAGAUAUGCCGUCGAGGGUCGGGAUCUGACUUUGCAGUACAACAUCUACAACGUUGGCUCUAGUGCUGCCUUAGAAGUGGAGUUGUCGGACGAUUCAUUUCCUCCAGAAGACUUUGGCAUUGUUUCCGGGAUGCUCAAUGUCAAGUGGGAUAGGAUCGCACCUGCCAGCAACGUGUCCCACACGGUAGUCCUCAGGCCCCUGAAAGCCGGCUACUUCAACUUCACAUCGGCCACUAUCACGUACCUGGCGCAGGAAGGAGGCCAAGUGGUGGUUGGCUUCACCAGCGCCCCAGGACAAGGGGGGAUCCUUGCCCAACGAGAAUUCGACCGGAGGUUUUCGCCACACUUUCUGGAUUGGGCAGCCUUUGGGGUCAUGACCCUCCCCUCCAUUGGCAUCCCCCUGCUGCUCUGGUACUCGAGCAAAAGGAAGUACGACACCCCCAAGACCAAGAAGAACUGAGCCGGGCCUGGCAGAUUUUCCUCCCCGCCACAGUUCCAGGAGCACUCGGCAGCGAUGGCAGAGCAAUCAGUGGCUUUUCCAAAUGAAUCUGGGCAUUGUGAUGCAGAGCGGAGCUGCAGUAAAAACGAACCUCGGUCAAUCAGUCGUGGAUAACCAGGCCCCAUAAUUUCUGGCUCCUCUUCUCAGCUGCGCUGCUGAGAGACCCAUCCAGCCUCCACAACAGAGACCCCACCCUGCCCCUUCUGCACAUCAAAUCUGCUUUUCUUAGCCAAAGAGAGCACUGCAAGAAAGCGGCUCAUCCCUGGAGAAAACAUCAGAGCCAUAAUGGCACUAAAACGUGAACGGUUUGAUAUCUGCCUGAGAGAUCUGUUUGUGGCUCAGAGUGGUGUGUGUUUUUUAUCGUAAAAAUAAAUCACGAAUCUGCGGUGA